AUGGAACCCGGCACGGUCCACAGGACGAUGUCCUCGUCGCUGCACUCGAUCGGGGACAAGGAGAAGAUAACUUACAACGAUGCGGACCUCGAAAACGGCCAACCACACAUCCGCGGUCUCGAGACCUCGGCCGACACGGCGCUGCACCGUGGUCUCAAGGCCCGUCACAUCACCAUGAUAGCCAUCGGUGGUGCUAUCGGAACCGGCCUCAUCAUCGGUACCGGCAAGGCACUCGCGCAGGCCGGGCCCGGCUCCAUCUUCAUCUCGUACACUAUGAUCGGCUUCGUCGUCUUCCUCGUCAUGGCUGCUCUGGGUGAGAUGUCGGCCUGGCUCCCCAUGUCUGCUGGUUUCACUGGAUACGCCUCUCGUUUCUGUGACCCCUCGCUUGGGUUCGCACUCGGCUGGUCAUAUUGGAUAAAAUACAUCAUCCUCUCGCCGAAUCAGCUCACGGCCGCUGCAUUGGUGAUAUCGUUCUGGGUGCCUCGCGAAAAAGUGAAUCCCGGGGUAUGGAUCACUAUAUUCCUCGUUGCGAUCAUCGCGAUCAACUACUUCGGCGUGCGGUUCUUUGGCGAGUUCGAGUUCUGGCUGUCGAGUUUCAAGGUCGUCGUCAUCAUUGGCGUCAUUCUCUUGUGCCUGAUCAUUGCUGCUGGCGGUGCCGAUGGACACGCUCGAGGCUUCGAGUACUGGCGGGAUCCUGGUGCGUUCCGACCAUACCUCGCGACAGGAUCAUUGGGACAGUUCCUCGGCUUCUGGUCAACCAUGGUCAACGCUACCUUUGCAUACCUGGGUACUGAGCUGGUGGGAGUGACGGUCGGAGAGGCUCAGAACCCUCGCGCCACGAUCCCCAAAGCCAUCAAGCUCACCUUUUACCGAAUCGUCUUGUUCUACUGCAUCAGCAUCCUGUUUCUUGGCAUGUGUGUGCCCUGGAACUCCGAUUUGCUUGCCUUCUCGGCCAAGGCGUCGAACAGCGCCAGCGCCUCGCCAUUCGUCGUCGCCGUCAAGCUGGCCGGUAUCCCCGUCCUCGACCACAUCCUGAACGCCUGUAUUCUGGUAUUCGUCUUCUCGGCCGCCAACUCGGAUCUCUACAUCGCCAGCCGUACGCUCUACGGUCUAGCGUCCGACGGUUCGGCGCCGGCCAUCUUCCGCAAGACGAACAAGAACGGCGUGCCCGUGUACGCGCUCGGCCUGUCGUCCCUGUUCGCGCUGCUCGCCUACCUCAACGUCUCCGACGACUCCAAGCAGGUGUUCACGUACUUCGUCAACCUGGUCAGCAUCUUCGGUCUGUUGACGUGGAUCUCGAUCCUGGUGACGCACAUCUGGUUCGUGCGGGCGCGGCGCGCGCAGGGCCUGACCAACGACAUGAUGCCGUACGUGGCGCCGCUGGGCAUCUAUGGAUCGUACGGGGCGCUCACGGUCUGCAUCAUCGUGGCGCUGACCAAGAACUUCGAUGCUUUCAUUGGCGAGUUCCAGUACGAGACUUUCAUCACCGGCUACCUCGGCAUCCCCGUUUAUCUUGUAUUCAUCUUUGGUCAUAAGCUAUGGACCCGGAGCAAGGGCGUCCGCGCCCACGAGUGCGACUUUUACACGGGCAAGGACGUCAUCGACCGCGAGGAGCAGGAGUUCCUCGCUGCCAAGGCUGCGCGCCGCGCCGCCAGGGGCGACUCGAGGGGCGCCGGCUUUUAUCAGCGCUAUGUUGCCUGGCUCUUCUAA